UCUGCUCUAAUAGCCUAUCGCAGUUAUACAGUCACAUACACACAGACAAGGCUGAACAAAAAAAAACAACAACAAAAAACGCGCACCGAUGGCGGUCUGAGGCGUUUGGCUGAGAAGUACGCACGGCGCUGUGGAUUUGUGAAACCUUUUUUUUUAUUGGCAUCUUCUUGCGGUCUGGAUCCUGGUCCCGGGGAAAUAAACAAAGCUAUGGAUUACUCAGUCUGCUUACUUUUACUUCUGUCAACCAUUUCGUCUGUGUCGACCGGACAAUUCCCCACAGCGCAGAUGGUAAAGGAAUGGGUGGACCAGAUGCAAAAAGAGUUGAUCUCAUUAACAGACACAGCCAGUGGAAUGGAGAACCUAAUACAGAUAUAUCAUAAACACAGACCUCACUUCAGCAUUGAGACCAACAACGCACAGCAACUGGUUGCCACAGCUGCUGGGAAUAUAGAGAAGCUGCUGGCUAACCGCUCCCAAGCUCUGAAGAGCGGACACUGGAAACAGCCACUGCCUCAGGCCAUGCACUGAUCUAACAUGAGCCGACAUCCUCCAGCUAGAUGACUUAAUUCAAAGUU